UACCGACACUAUUCUGAGUUUACAAUUUUAUAGGAUAUUUAAAGAAAAGCACAAUACAUGUUUUAAAGUUUUUAUUUAAAGUUAAUAAACUCACGAAUAUUUAAAAUAAGGGAUUUAACACAUUUGCCUAAGAAUGAUGUAGGGAAUGUUUGAAAUAUUAUCUGCAUACAGGUAGGCGUGUGGUUAGACAUGCCUUGUUGGUACUACGAGAAGAAGGAGUUGCGGAACACGCCGUCAAUUGUGGACGGGAUAGACUAUGACACGGAGUGCAGGUAUCGCAGGGAGGGUGCAAGGUUCAUCAUCGAGUCCGGCACGAAGAUGGACUUGGGUUACAACACCGUGGCCACUGGAGUUGUGUACUUCCACCGGUUCUACAUGUUUCACUCUUUUCACAAUUUUCCUCGAUACGUGACAGCUUGCUGCUGCUUGUUCCUUGCUGGCAAGGUGGAGGAGACCCCGAAGAAGUGUAAAGAUGUGAUUAAGACAGCUCGCAUGCUGCUGACAGACCAGAAAUUUGGCACUUUUGGAGAAGAUCCAAAGGAGGAGGUGAUGACGCUGGAGAGGAUUCUGCUCCAGACAAUUAAGUUUGAUCUGCAAGUGGAGCAUCCGUACAAAUACUUGUUGACUUACGCCAAGUCACUCAGGGGUGACAAAAAUAAGCUGCAGAAGAUGGUCCAGAUGGCAUGGACAUUUGUUAAUGACAGCCUGUGCACGACGCUGAGCCUGCAGUGGGAGCCGGAGGUGAUCGCGGUGGCUCUGAUGUACCUGGCGGGCAAGCUGAGCAAGUUCGAGGUGGUGGACUGGGAGGGCCGCACCUCCAGACACCUGCGCUGGUGGGACAAGUUCGUGGAGGACGUCACCAUGGACCUGCUGGAGGAUAUCUGCCACCAGGUGCUGGACCUGUACUCCCAGCCACAGGCGGCCAUGCCUGACUCUCCUCCGCUGCAGCCGACCGUCCAGUCGCCCUCCAUGAAGAAGGAGCGCCUGCCCCGCCCCAUCUCGCCGGCCCAGCAGCACUCGCUCUCGCCCGUCGCUUCUGCAAUUCCCGUGAAAGUGACGAAGGGGGACCGAUCGCACCCUUUGGCAGGGAACGGUGAGAGUUCCGAGGACAAGAAGGACGCGACCAAGCCCGGCGAGGGGCACCACUACCAGUACCCCAGCACGUAUGCCCACACACCCACCUUUGGCCACGGCUACCAGUACUCCUCCUCCAGCCAGUACUACUCUGGAGGGGGCUCGCGCGACUACUACGGAGGGCCGGGCCCCAGCUGACUUCGCCGUGCAGUGCCUUGUGAGGAACGCUCAUUCUGAGCUACCAUUCGUUCCGUUGGACGAGUGUGCCUGCGUCUGGUGUGUCCCGUCUUGCUUCGUGGCCAGGAAACUGACCAGUGCUACUAAUGUGUCACCAGGCUACUCAAGUAUUGUCAAGUCAGUUCACGGACGUAAAUUUUUUUGUUACGUACUUAUAAUCAUGCACAUGCAGUGUGCAGUGAUUAAUUCCGUUCUCUGUGAUCCAUCCAAGUCCCAUUAAAAUAAUGAUUGUGGUGUAGCUCUAGCCAUAUGUGUGACCACAAAACAUGUUUUUUUCUAAGCUACAUGUAUUUUAUUUUCUGUGCAUUUAUACUUGCUAACUUUUGAAAAUCGUAAAUCGGUAAAGAUUUCUAAAUGCUUAAUUUUGGCCUACAACAAACAAACAAAUGUUUAUUCUAAGAUCUAACCUAUCAGAAUUACUACAUAAACAUUGUUCUUUUUAUACUAUCUACCACCUGUCUGCGUCAAUGUAUUAACAGAAAAUAAAUACUUCUAUCAAUUUUUACUUGCUAGCAAUUUGAACAAUUUUGUCUGUGCCAAAAUCAAUCAUUUGUCACUACAAUUCCCAUUUAGUCCUCCUGCAUGUGUUUGUAAGAACAACUGUCAUACCAUUUUUGUGUCCACCUUUAAUAGGUGCAUUUGUCUGAAGGAAAAUUUAGUCAUAAUUGUUGCGGGCACUUUAAAUUGUUCCAAUUCUAUCUAUGUUGUGAUCAGUUAAAUCACCUUGAAAGUUAGGCAAUGAAAAAAUUGCUUCACUUUGAUAAAUCGGAAAUACGAACUAUUAAAAUCAAGGUAGGGGGGAAGAAACACAUUUUACAAACAGUGGGUAACAAUAUUUUCUAGCAUUUGAAGACAUCUUUAAAACAAAAGCAGAUGGUUUGACUUGAUACAACUAUUUCUUCACAUCUGAUAAAGAAAACAUUUUCCUACAUGGUCGGCCAGACCCAACAGUAGGUUAUGUUUUAUUGUGAAAUGAGUUUAUAAACUCACUUCUAAUGAGUAGAGGCACGAUUAUAUGGUAAUGCGCGAUAAAACGAAAUAACACCGAAAACCGCUUGAAAACACGGAAUAAAACGAAAUUGUGCGAAAUCCACAAUAUGUCACGAAAUUUCGUCUAUCCUGAUUAUUUACGUUUUGUUUUCCAUUCUGUAAGGACAAUUCACUAUCUUCAGCACAAUCAAAUAUUUCUGACAGUAACUAGCAGCCAUAUAUAUUAUAUGCGACUGUGAUUCAUUAUAGAUUUAAAAAUGAAGUCUCGGAAUUAACGUAAUAUUUUCUUUAAACGGUAAUCUUGUGUACCAUAAUAAUUUAAGAUGUUGAUAACUAUGAUACAAUGGCUGCCGUUCACUUUCUGUAAAUACAAAAAUAACAAACGUCCAAAAUAUGUUUUUCUAAGAUUACAUUUUUAAUCAUUAAAAUAUUACACACUAAAACGCAUUGCUUUUACUGUUUAUUUAAAAUAAAGUACGUAGGGUACAAAAAUAAAAUUAACCCUGCUUAACGUAAUGAUUGUAAAUAAUAAAUAGUACAUGUUUAUGUCGGUAUUAAUUUUCACGUACGUAUGUUGGAAUUCGGUAUGCGUUUGUAUUCGCAUCUAUUCUCCAUUGUUUUGAUCUUUCCAGCACGGCAAGUUUUUGCGUAUUAAGAGGUUAAAUUCUCCCUAUGAGAUUAAAAAAUUUUGAUAAUGCCUAAAACAAAGGUUUCUGCCAGUGACCGAUCGAAAGAAUUUUCCAGCGAAGGAUUUUAUUUCAGUGAUAAAAUUUUAAUGUGCAAAUUCUGUAACUGCAGGCUAGACUACGAGAGACGCGAUACGCUUCUGAAACAUGUCGCGAGUGAGAAACAUAAGCGUUUGAGGCAAAACUCAUCUGUUAAAAGACAUCCUUGUCUAAGAGUCUUUAAUGCCAUUAAUUUGCUGUUCAGCCCAAGAAAUGUGAGUAGGGUUAGCAUAGAAGAUGCAAACCUACAGAAGUCUCUGCAUAACUUGCCUUCUGUUUCCCAUCUUCCCAUUGAUACAUUCAUACAUGGCUAUGUUGCUUUAAAAAAAAUAAUUGAGGAUGAACUUUUAUUGCCAGAAACAAGCCAAAUUGAUGUUGCAAAGGUACUUUGCUCCCUUCAAGGGGACUACAGUGAAUUUGCUCAAGCUAGUUUAAGGGCAAUCUGGUUCCCAACAUCAAAUGUUGAUGCAGAACGUUCAUUUUCCAGGUACUCACUGGUAGUUAGUGACAGAAGACAACGUCUCACUCCAGAAAAUGAGGAAAAUUUAACUAUGAUAGCAUUUCAAUAAAACCGUCUUAAUAGUAACUUUGGAAGUGCUUAAUUGUGUAAUUUUGUAGUGUAUGUGAUUGUAAUUAAGUCGUGAAAUUUUUAGUAGUUAUUUAAAAGUUUGAAUUUAUGAAUUUGCAAAUGAACUUAAUUAUCUAUGAAUUUGCAAAUGAACUUAAUUGUAAUUAGAUCAUGAGGUUUUAGUGUUUAUUAAUAUUUGUUUUAAUAAAUUUUCAUGUCGUACAGAAAAGCAAGAAAAUUUUGCCGUGGGUAUUUUGAGCAAAAAAAUAAAACCAUAUAACACCGAAAUCUUUAUU